AUGGAGCACAUCGGCGGUCUGCUGUCGGUGGGCGCCACCUGGUCUGCGGUGCCCUUCGGUGCUCAGACGCCAGGCGAGGAGAUCCGCGUGGCCGCCAUGCACGACCCUCCGUACGUCGCCAUCUACCCGCAGCCCGACGGUUCGUACAGGUACGGCGGCUACUUGUACGAGUUGUGGCAGGUCAUAGCGCGGGAGCUGCACCUCCGCUACAGAGUGGUGCCGCUUCUGGCAGGCGGCUAUGGGAGCAUGGACGAAAAUGGGUCAUGGACGGGAUUGGUGGGGGAGCUGGCGUACCGACGGGCAGACAUUGCCUUGACAUGGAUCGACACCAGACAAGAUCGCGCCACUGUCGUCGACUACAUCGAUGCCGUGCCCGUGGAGCUCUCUCAGUACACAUUCUACGUUCGUCAGGGCUCAGGGGCAAUCCCACAGAUCACGCCCAGCAUGUUCAGCUCUCUACUAAGGCCACUGCACAGCGACGUCUGGUGUGCACUGCUGGUCUCGUUGCUGGUGGUGUCAGUGGUGCUUCGCGCCUCGCUGCGCUUCAACCACGAGCGGGCCGAGGGUCGCGACACGGUGAGGGACAUGACCUGGGGCGCGUGCCUGCUCUCCAGCUUUAUGUCGGUGGUUGGCCAGGGCUGGGCCAGCACGCCGAACUCUCUGGCCGCCCGCACCGUCACCAUCUCCAGCUGGGUGCUCGGCACCCUCAUCUACGUCAACUACACUGCCAACCUGAUCUCGUACUUGGCCGUCGUCACCGUCGAAAAGCCGAUCAGUAGCCUGCGAGAGUUCUCCGAGCAACUGGGCUGGACGUUUGCCGUAGAACCAGGCAUUGGCAUUCUCAACGACUGGAAGGUGAGCAGCGACCCGUACGAGCGCGAGCUCUCCCGGCGCGCUGUCAGCCGAGAUGGGUUUUUAGCGCUGAAUUUGACCGCCCAGAGUGUCAAUCGCACUACACAAGACAAGGUCAUGACUUAUACCGACAUCCGGCGGCUGUUCUAUGCGGGCGUCAGCGAGGCCUGCGAGUUGGUCCCCCUAUUGUCCAGCAUGCCCCCGAAGUUGGCCAGCUACAUGGGCAUAGCCAAGGGAAGAGACGAGAUGCGCCAGGCGAUCAACCAGGUCAUGCGCAAGAUGAACCAAGCGGGCACCUUGUCGCGGAUGAAGAAGCAGUGGCUGGCAACCAACCAGGACAUGUGUGACUCCCCAGCCAACUUCAAGGAGCUCUCCUGCGCCGACCUCCUGGCCGUGCUUGUCAUCAUGCCUCUGGCGCUGAUCUCCUGCGUAGUCAUCCUUCUCGGCGAGUAUGCCUGGUCCAAGAUGAGAUCGAUGCAACACGACGGGAAGACGGCACCCUGCCGAUACUGGCGGUUGUCAUCACACAACGGCAAGGGCACGGUGCUGAACGCAUGGGCCGCAAAAAUUCAAAUCUAG